AUGUCUUCCGCAAGCCGUCCUCUUUACAACUUCCUCUUCCGAAAGAACUAUGUGUUCCUCGGUGCAGUAUUUGGUGCUGCUUUUGGAUUCGAGAUGGCAUACGAUUCAAUCACAGAUCGAGUUUGGGACUCUAUAAACAAGGGACGUCAAUGGAAGGAUAUCAGAGCGAGAUAUGUUGAGGCUGCGGACGACGACGAAUAGAGAGGUUUUGGUAUAGAUGGAUGUGAGAGGAAAGAACCACGCCUUGAUGGGGAUAUGCGGCUGUUAGAAAAAAAGAACCGGGGCGUCAGUAUUGGGCAGGAAGCCUUCAUGGAAAGUGUACAAAAGACAAUCGACAACAUAGAAUCAUACGGGCAUAAAAGCAAGAUCACUGACUGGUACAACGAUGUCAUUGCCUUCUGGUACUCUUCUCCUUCAAGCUCGUGACAAGAAUAAGACACCCUUAUGAUGUGCAAGAAU